CCACACAAUAAAUACACCACCACUCCACCGGUCACUCACCGCCUCCUGCAUACCCCCCUCUCUGCCUCAUAAACCUUUCGCUGCAAUCUCUCCCUCAAAAAAUGGUUCUGGAGAUCGCUGUCAAAGCUGCUGUCGGUGCCCCUGAUAUUCUUGGAGACUGCCCAUUUAGCCAGAGAGCUCUGUUGACUCUGGAAGAGAAGAAAAUUCCUUACAAGUCUCAUCUCAUCAAUCUUAGUGACAAACCUCAAUGGUUCUUGGAGGUAAACCCGGAAGGAAAGGUUCCAGUGGUGAAAUUUGAUGACAAAUGGGUCUCAGACUCUGAUGUGAUUGUUGGGAUCUUAGAGGAGAAAUACCCUGAGCCCUCUCUUGCCACUCCUCCGGAAUUUGCCUCUGUGGGCUCAAAGAUAUUCCCAUCUUUCGUCAAGUUCUUGAAGAGCAAGGAUCCCAACGAUGAUACUGAGCAGGCUUUGCUUGAGGAAUUGAAGGCGUUGGAUGAUCAUCUUAAAGCACACGGUCCAUUCAUUGCUGGAGAAAAGAUCACUGCUGUAGAUUUGAGCUUGGCUCCGAAGCUUUACCAUCUUGAGGUUGCUCUUGCCCAUUUCAAGAACUGGACUAUCCCUGACAAGUUGACACAUGUCCUCAACUACAUAAAGUUGCUGUUCUCCCGUGAAUCUUUCGAGAAGACGAAGGCUGCUAAGGAACAUAUCAUUGCUGGAUGGGAGCCAAAGGUCAAUGCAUGAAUUCGUUCCAAAUUAUAAGCUAUCAGAAUCUGGUUAUGUACUGUGGUUUAGCCUUCUCUAUCAGAAAAGGGCAAGAAAGAAAGAAAGUUGAGCCUGGUGUAUGUCAGACAUUUUAAAACCAAGCUGGUUGCUGUGUGUUCUAUCAUCUAAUAAAAUCUAUUAACCUAUCAAUGUGAAAUGGCUGGCAUUGUAUUUUUCUAGCAACGCGUUUCUGUUGUUUUGUUAUGAGAGCACUGGCUAAUGUCCAUUCUGUUA